GAACCGUUCGGGUUGUGUACGUGCGUGCGCGCGCAAAAGAAAUAGAAGAUCCAGCAAUCCUUCAUUAAAUCACAGGGCGUUACAGGCAGGCAGGGCAUCGAAUGUGUGCGUGUGUGUGUGCGCACACACUUACACACACACACGCUGGACGCCUUUUUCGCGCAUCUUCUUCAAUAGUCUUGGAAUUCCUUCUUAUCCUUUCAUCGUCAUCAUCGACUUUCCUUUAAGAAUCUUUACAUCGCCUUUCUUAUACCUUUGACGAUGUUCUCUAGAUCGGCCGGUGUUGCUGCCGCCAACUUGGCAAGAUCCACCGUUGCGCCAACUGCGCGCCGUGCGAUCCCCUCCGUCGCUUCUCGUGCUUACGCUACCGCUAAGCCAGCCGCUUCGGAAGUCAGCUCAAUCCUUGAACAACGUAUCUCCGGUACAUCUGCUGGUGGUGAUGUCCAAGAGACUGGUCGUGUGUUGACCAUUGGUGACGGUAUCGCCCGUGUUUACGGUCUCCGUAACGUACAAGCAGAAGAAAUGGUUGAAUUCGCCUCUGGUGUCCGUGGUAUGUGCCUCAACUUGGAAGCUGACAACGUCGGUGUGUCCAUUUUGGGUUCUGACCGUGCCAUUCGUGAAGGUGAUACCGUUAAGCGUACCGGACAAAUUGUUGAUGUUCCAGUCGGUAUGGAAUUGUUGGGCCGUGUCGUUGAUGCUUUGGGUAACCCAAUCGACGGUAAAGGACCAAUCAACACAAAAGAACGCCGUCGUUCAUCCUUGAAGGCUCCCGGUAUUUUGCCCCGUCAAUCCGUCAACCAACCUAUGCAAACUGGUAUCAAACCAAUCGAUGCCAUGGUGCCCAUCGGUCGUGGUCAACGUGAAUUGGUUAUUGGUGAUCGUCAAACCGGUAAGACUGCCGUUUGCAUUGACACAAUCUUGAACCAAAAGCGCUGGAACGAUGGAAACGACGAAGAAAAGAAAUUGUACUGCAUCUACGUCGCCGUCGGUCAAAAGAGAUCCACCGUUGCUCAAUUGGUCAAGGUUUUGGAACAAAAUGACUCCAUGAAGUACACCACCAUUGUUGCUGCCACUGCAUCUGAAGCCGCACCAUUGCAAUACUUGGCUCCUUUCUCAGGAUGUGCCAUUGGUGAAUGGUUCCGUGACAACGGAAAACACGCCGUCAUCAUUUACGAUGAUUUGUCCAAGCAAGCCGUUGCUUACCGUCAAAUGUCACUUUUGUUGCGUCGUCCUCCAGGACGUGAAGCUUACCCUGGUGACGUUUUCUACUUGCACUCUCGUUUGUUGGAACGUGCUGCCAAGAUGAACAACAAGACCCACGGUGGUGGUUCAUUGACCGCUUUGCCCAUCAUUGAAACCCAAGGUGGUGAUGUGUCCGCUUUCAUUCCCACCAACGUUAUUUCCAUUACUGACGGUCAAGUCUUCUUGGAAUCCGAAUUAUUCUUCAAGGGUAUCCGUCCCGCCGUUAACGUCGGUUUGUCCGUCUCCCGUGUCGGAUCUGCCGCUCAAUCCAAGGUUUACAAGGCCGUUGCCGGUUCCUUGAAAUUGUACUUGGCCCAAUACCGUGAAUUGGCAGCAUUUGCCCAAUUCGGUUCCGAUUUGGACCCAGCAACAAGAUCUACUUUGGACCGUGGUGUUCGUUUGACCGAAUUGUUGAAGCAAGGUCAAUACUCUCCUUUGGCUACUGAAGUUCAAAUUCCAAUCAUCUUUGCCGGUAUUAAGGGUUUCGUUGACCGUAUCCCAGCAGAAAAGAUUGUCGAUUGGGAAGCAUCUUUCCGUCAACAAAUCACAAACGAUGAUGCUUUGCUCCAAGACAUUGCCAAGGCUACAGGUUUGUCCAAGGAACUCGAAGAGAAAUUGACAAAGGUUGUCAAGGAACACGUUGACAACUUCUUGUCCUCUUCCUCAUAAAUGUGUUUGAAAAAGGGGGUAAAAAUGCAUUCUUAGUGUAUUCCAUCUCAUUAUUCAUACAUUCAAACGCAAAACACAUAUAUACAUUGAAAGACAAUUAAAGAUUUGAUGCUC